CAUAGCAACGAUAUACCUAUCAUCAAUAUAAUAAACGUAUAAAAAAUGGCUUUAAGAAUUUAAAACGUAUCACGACGAUCGAUAUAAUAAUUUGUUUUUUUUUCACGAACCUAGCACAAGUAGCACGCGUAUUGCAUAAUUAUGGCUAAUAUUACAAUUGAACUUAUAAGAAAACGGUCUGAACAUAAUGAAGGUGAGAUUGGCACUUUAGAAGAAAUAUCUUUACACCAGGAAGAUAUUACUAAAAUAGAAAAUUUACAAAAUUGGUGUAAAGAUUUAAAAAUAUUACUUUUGCAAUCAAAUUUAAUAUUUAAAAUAGAAAAUUUGAACAAAUUAAAGAAAUUGGAGUAUUUAAAUUUGGCGUUGAAUUGUAUUGAAAUUAUAGAAAACUUGGAUCGAUGUGAAUCUUUAAAUAAAUUAGAUUUGACAAUGAAUUUUAUAGGGAAACUUGAUAGCAUUGAAUCGUUAAAAUACAACACACAUUUAAGAACAUUGUAUCUCACUGGAAAUCCUUGUACAGAUUAUGAUGGAUAUCGUGAGUAUGUUAUUGGUACUUUACCACAAAUUGACAUACUCGACGGAAUAGAUGUAACUUCAUUUGACAAAUUAGUCGCCAAACAGCAGUUACCAAAUAUUACAUGUAAAAUUAUUGCCCAACAAAAAACCUAUGAAAAUUUCAGAAUAAAACAAAAAGAGUCAUCAAAAUCUUUAAAUAUUACUGAGGAAACUAUGGAAACACACGAAAAAAAUUAUGAAGAAUCAGAUGAAGAUUUUUGGAAUCAACCGAGUGAAAACACUCCGGAAUGUCGUGUGGAGAUGGCGUUACAUAGUAGACGAGCUCAGCGAAAGCAAGAUGAAGCGAAAAAAACAUCCAAAGAAGAACCAUGGAUUCCAAAGUUAUUUGCCGAAGACGGUCGUCCGUAUAAUUUAAACCAAGCAAAAGUAUCAUACAAAAUGGAAAAUGAACAUAACAAAUACGUGCUUACUGUUCAUGUGUACAAGUUCAUGGACACCAGCGAAUUGGACGUGGACGUUCAACCCACGUACGUAAGGGUCACAGUACGAAAAAAGAUAUUGCAAUUGGCGCUGGAUGAAGAAGUAAGAGUGGACGAAUCCAAUGCGAAACGGUUGAUUGGUUCUAAGCUAUUGGAAAUAACUAUGCCUAAAGUAAAACAAAUAAUCUGUCCAGUUAAAAAACAAUGCGUCACGGACAAAGAUUUUCACAAUGAAAAUAAAUCGAAACUAACGGAUGAAGUAUUUGAUAGUCAAAAGCAAGUGGAAUUUUGGAAUAUAACCAAUUCACCAGCAAGCGUAAAGAAAACUGGAGACAAUAACCUUAAAGAUUUUGUCGACAAUUCCGAAGUACCGCCUUUAGAAUAAAGGUUAGAGGUUCAUAGUAUCUACUACAGAUAAUAUAAAUAUAAUACUUAUAUUAGGUACCAUUAACUAUUUUUUUUUAAUAUUAAACUGUAUUGGUAUAUAUAUGUUUUAAGUUAUAUAUGUACAAUUAACCCGAUAGCUAUUUUUAAUUAACCUCAAUUAUUACCAUUGUUGAAGAAAUUAGAGUUUAUCAAAAUGGUUAUUUGGUUGUAAAGAAUAGUAAGAAUAUUUAGACGAAUCCAUUGUUUCACUGCAUUUGUUUCAUAAUAAUUAUGCACGUAGAUUAUGCUACCUUACAAAUAAAAACGAUAUAAUUUCUUU